AUGGGAAUGAAAGUUCAGGCUUUAAUAAAAGAUGGUAAUUGGUGUGUUCCAUUGGAAUUACAACAAUACAUUCACACAGCUAAUCUGCCAACAAUAAAAGGUGGAAGUGAUCAGAUAGUAUGGAUUGGUGGAAGUAAGAAUAAGUUCUCAACAACUGAUGCAGUUGAGAAAAUAAGAGAAAAAGAAGUUAUUCUGCAAUGGCCAAAAUACAUUUGGAAACAUUUUCUUCAUCCCAGCAUUGCUAGCAAUAUCUGGAAGCUGCAGCAAAAAGUGUAUGUUGAUGAUGAGAUAAUGAGAAAUAGGGGAUAUGAAAUGGUAUCAUUUUGUUAUAUCUGUGCUGCUGAACAGGAUAGUAUGAAUCAUACACUUUGGAAAUGUCAGUUCAGUUCUGCUAUAUGGAGUUGGCUUAAUUCUGUAUUUGGUUUUGCAAAUCCAGCAUCAUUUGAAGAGGUGUGUAAAGCAGCUAAAACUAAAAGUUCAAUGAUAAAACAAAUAUGGAUGACAGCAGCCUGUGCAACCAUGAAAGAAUUGUGGUUUCAGAGAAACGCCAAAUUAUUUGAAGAGAAAACUCCCAAUCUCAACAGGUUCAAAUGCAGAAUUAUGCAACUAGUGUAUGAAGGUGGGUACAUAAUGAAUGGAGUCAGAUGA